UCGUUACUUUUACUUCACAAGCCUUGAAUAAUUAAAUGAAAUGCUAACUCUGGAUGCUGAUUCUCAGUAAAGUUUUGCCUUGUGUGACUCUACUGUGAGACAGUUUGAUAACUAUGAACAGAUUGAGCUUAGCACCCAAGCUAGGUGAAUUCAUACACUAUAUUUAGACAUACUAACCAAGUCAAAGGGAAAGAAAGAGGAGCAGACAGGCAGCAUGAGAGACUUGGCAACAGUGAAGGCAAAGCUAACAACAGUUGAGCAGCUGGAGAACCUGGACAAGGAGAUUAAAGAGCUGGAAGAGUUUAAAACUAAAAACCAGCGUCUGCAAAAGCUAUGGGUUGGCCGUUUGCUACUUUACUCAUCUGCCCUUUACCUGUUGAUCUCCCUGAUCGUCUACUGUCUUUACCUCCCCGAGCAUUGGUUGCAGAGAAUAGCCAUGGCCCUGCCUUUCUUCAUAUACCCUGUGCUGGUGUGGUUCAUCAGAAAGUUAUUGAUUUUUCUCUUCUCCAAACGCACUGAGAGAAACAGUGAAAAACUCGAAGAUUUAAAGGCUGCCAAAAAAAAGAUUCUUGAGGAGGUGAUGGAGACAGAAACGUACAAAAAUGCCAAGCUCAUCCUGGAACGUUUUGAUCCUGAGGCUAAGAAGAAAGCUGAACUUGAGUCAACUCCAGUGCGUUCUCCGAUGACUCCCAGGCCAGGACAAGAGAUUCGGCAGAGAGGGGUGGUAAUGAGACCGAUGCCAAUGGGCACCCCGCAUGCAAUGGUCAUGACUCCUCCACCGGGAGCACGCCCCUUGCUGGGACCAGCAGGCACACCUGUGGAACGUGUUCCUCUCUCAGCUCCAGGAGGUCCACCAGACAGAUCUGCUCUGUCUGCUUCGGUCCUACAGGGCACAGUACCGAGGACUCCCUCCUCCCCAAUGCUAGGUAUGCACCCUCCAGGUCCUCCGUUAGCUAGACCCAUCUUGCCCAAAGACAGGGGAGCUCUGGACAGAGUCAUUGAGUAUCUGGUAGGGGAUGGACCACAGAACAGAUACGCGCUGAUCUGCCAGCAGUGUUUUUCUCAUAAUGGCAUGGCUCUGAAAGAAGAGUUUGAAUAUCUAGCAUUUCGUUGCGCGUAUUGCUACUUUAUGAAUCCAGCCAGGAAGACUCGUCCUCAGGCCCCCCGACUUCCAGAGUUCAACUUUGAAAAGAGGCUGCGGGCUGAGUCACGUUCACCUGGGCCAUCACCACGUUCUGGGACAGAUACAGAGGAGAGCGCGCCACCUUCUGGAGCAAAAGCUCCAGCUCCGUGGAAUUUGGUCCACAGUUUCAAGAUCCAACAGAGACCAGAGACUCGACCUCUGCGGAGUCCAGAUGAGAAGGAGAUGGGAGAUUGUGAAGGAAUCACUAAAGAAGUAGACAGCGAGUGCCCAUUAGAGGAGCAGGAUCAGCUGCAGCAGAAGGAGGAAGAGAAAGAAGAAGAAGAAGAAAUUGUUCAGGAAGAGGUGGCCGAGGAUAAACCAGAGCAGAGUCGCAGCAGCCCCUGUGAGACAGGAGCUCAGCCAUCGUAGUUUCUAAGAGGCCAGAAAAGGUCCACAAGGAUGUGAUUGUUCUGUCCAGGCAGAAGGUGAUGGUAAUAGCCAGGAUAGUUAUUGAUAUUUAAAAGCAGCAUUGAUGGACAAGGAUUACCAUCAUCAUUAUUUAUAUUUAUUAGUGAAAUUGUCCAACAGUAUUGCCAAAAAUGAUGCCAACAUAUCUUGGUCAUGAGUUUGAUCCGAUGACUGGGAAGGAGUCAGAUUGAGGGUUGUAGUUUGAAUUUUAAGGCUAUUUCUCUGUUGUGUAGUUGGUUGAUUGGUGAUAUUGCUCUGUAGGUGCACUGACUAACUUAAAGUAACGAUUUACACUCUAAGGUCCUUUUAGGGUCAAUGUAGUUGGAUGCUGUAUGGUUUUGAUAAGAAAAAGUGUUUUAGAUAGAACUGCUGGUUCACACAUUGUUUUUCCUCAGAUGAAAUGACGUUAAAAAGAGAAUUACUGCUGAUUAAAAUGACUUCCUGAAGUGGGUGAGAAUGUCAGAUAGUUGUAGCGAAAGGUCAACACAAACACUCCUUAUCCAGUGUGGGAAACACUGGAUUUUCCUACACUAUCCAAACACUGACAUGCAUAACACAUGAAGUCCAUCUCAGGAUAAACCUGUUGUGAAUCAGAACAGCUUCUGUUGUGUUUACAGUAUGUGCAUACAAGUAUGCUGUUAGGUUUCAGGCUGAUGCUGCUGUGGCUUUUUCAUCUUCCAUUUUAAGUCCCUGAUCCUAUAUUUCAGGCUGACAAUAAAAAAACAUUUAUCUCUUUGGAUACCGUCUGUUAUAGUGAUGUUUAGCCAAUGCUGAUGCAUGUAUGCUUUUAUUCCCAUACAUUUUAAUGCUUUUUGUUUCUCUUUUGUUUUCAUUAUAUUACUGGAUCUUUGUCCCAGACUGCCAAUAAUGAGAUAUGAGCAGUUAGUUGCAUUUAAAUCUAUUGGAAGCAAAAGUACUGAAACUGAAUGCUGAAUGAGGGGAGUAAACCAGAGUGUGGCUAAUAUUGCAUCAAGGAAAGGAAGGAUGCUUAUUACAGAAACAAUUAGCUGUAGUAUGUUCACUGAAAGAGGGGGAAAAAGACUCAUUCUCACUUUUU